AUGAAGUUCUCCGUUGCUACCAUUGCCGGUUUCGCCAGCGCCAUCAGUGCCGCCAGCCUUCCCGCUGCCUUUACCCUGGUCGCUGACGGCGGUGCCACCGUUCUGACCGAUGGCGAACACGCCUUCAUCGGCGCCAACGCCACCAAGAACGAGAUCCUGAUCCUCCGCGGCAACGGCGAGAACAGCCCCGUCUCAUUCACCUCCAAGAACGCCAAGACCCCCACAGCCUUCCAGAGCCUGUACGUCGUCGACAAGUCCGUCGAGCCCGUCGGUCUGACGGUCCCUCACUCCGGCGCCGUCCCUGAGGGCGGCAGCACCACCGGUUUCGGCGUCAAUAAAGAUGGGUACUUCACCCACAACGGCAAUGCCUGGUUCGCUGUUGACGGCUACGGCGAGAACCCCGUUAAGGAGAUCUACUGGUACGGUGCUCACAACUCGGAGUACAAGGCUGCCAACCUGUGGGUUAAAGAGUGCAAGGGGUGCUAA